GGCAAGUGUAGGGCCUGAAGAAGUAUUCUAUUUCAGGGAGCAUCUUUUCGAGGGUAGGGUCUACCUUUUUAAAUGAGUCAGUAUUGUACCAGCUGAUGAGAAGUUCAACUUGGUACCGUACCACUACAAAAUGUGUUUUACUGAUGAUACAAGAGUUGAACAUGUAUAUAUCACAUGUGAUAGGACACCCCUUCAUUGGGCUUACAAUGUAAGAUUACAAGAUAUCCAUCAUUUUGCCAAGAACUAUGUGCAAUUGAUAGAUGUGGUUGGGUUGGUUGUCACUGUCACUGAACAUCGAAGUACGAGAAAUGAAUAUUCUAUGAUGAGAGAUGUGGUUUUGCUUGAUAAAAGUAUGACGUUUGUCCGACUUACUCUGCGAAACGAAUUUGCAAUGAGAGAUGGGAUGCAUCUCCUUGAAACUCUGCACCAAAAUAAUAUUUUGUUUGCUACAGGGUUGAAGGUCGAUGAUUUUCACGGUCCGUACCUUAGCACUUGCAAGAAAAGCAAAUUAUACGUUAACCACUCAAUUCGUACAUACGGGAUUCCUGAAUGGUUUGCAAAAGACGAAAAUGCACAAAAGUUGGUAACAUGGAACCGCACACAUGGAUUUUCACUCCCACAGGCAUUAAUAAUUUCAAAUGCCAGGAGAAUUCGAAUAAACCAAUUUGCGUUUUGGACCAAUUAUGACUGGUUUAUGUGUAAACAUUGCGGCAGAGAAGAUGUGCAGACUGUAACCAGGUAUAAUGCAAAGAUGGUUGUAAAAGACUUCACUGGCUCAAUGAAACUCUUGGUAAAGGACACGAAGGCAGAAUUUAUCUUACAAUGUGUCCCUUCAUAUCUAAAGAAAUUAAUGUUAAAGGAUAAUGGGGCGCAAAUGCUCAAAAACUACAUUUCUCAAUUUAAUGAAUAUCCAUACGUGUUUAUUAUUCCUGCUCCAAAAUUUGGAUGCGUUGACCAUUGUGCUCCCGUGGUGACUUUUGUAUUAAAAGUUGAUUGGAAAAUCGAGAACUGGCAAAGAGACAUUGGAUUCAUCGUGAUAAGAGCUUUUUUAAGACAUUGA